ACUGUGACUGCACGGCUGUUGUUGCAAAGGGCGUGGGCAUUGUUGUUGUUUUUUUUAUUAUCAUGUUAUUAUUAUGCACAGCUUCAUGGACACUCAGGAUGUAUUCUUCAACUCGCAGCUGCCUGUGAGCUUCGACACCUGCGAGGAAAAAUUACGGAUGAAAAAACAACAGUGUCGGCUUCUUUCACCCGGACUGAACGUUUGACACUCGAACGCAACCCUUUGCUAUAGAUAUAUACUUCCGACCAAAUGCAAUAAGAUAAAUAGACCCUUAUCUGUUUGUUUUUCCUCUGUAGCCUCAGCUAGGCUGGUGACUUUGCUUUCCAGAGCUUCUUAUGGCUUUUAUCAGCACUGCAGAUUUAGGAGAAUAGUGAUAAGUCAGAUAUGGCAGUGAGCACAUCUGAGCCGCUCUGCCAGCCGUGCGAUUACCAUGAAGCUUUCAAAGUGGAGUUACAGGUGAAGAAACCUCUGAUGCCUGUCCAGCUGAGUCCAGAGCAGGUGGGCCUAGAGAUGUUGUGUCUCUGUGGGCAGCUGGACCUCCUCAUCAGGGCACAGAUGCAGCAGUUCCAGGAGCAGUUGGGACAAGGCUGCAGCCCAGAGGAGGCAGACACUUUCCAGGCUCAAGGAUCAGAGAUUCUUGACCAGAUGCUGCAGUGCCUUGAACAUCUACCAAAGCCUAUGCCACAGCUGGAGGACUACCUGGACUUGGUGGGUCUGUCAGUCAUGUUUCCUCGUGUGGAGGUGUUCCUCAUCCAGGGCAGCCCAGUGGACAUGUUAGAGAGGCCACCGAUGGAUGAAUACUUCUACCACGUGGCCAGACUGAACCAGCUCCUGGUGCUAAGUCAACAGCUAGAAGAAGAUAUCAGGCACCUUGGGAGUCAUAAAUACAUUGCCCACCAGCUCUCGGUUAUUUAUCAAGUCGUCAGCUCUUUCAGAGGAAUUCAGGCUUUCUCUGAAAUAAAGAAAGACAUCGAGGCCAACUUCAAACAGAUGAAGCAGUCUCUUGCGGUGGAGGAAGGCUCCAGGCAUGAACCUCAGCUGGCUGCUCACUACAUCAACUGGAUAUUAGAACUCACUCAAAGCUUAACAUCGGUGGUGCUGAUGCUACCGGAGGAGCUGACGGAGGACAUUCACCAGGCCGUGACCUUCAUGUCACAGUUCCUGUCCUGACUUCGUGUCUGAUGCACCGGGAGCUUCUGAAUGAACUGAUUUUGUUACAACCAGUGGUGGAAAGUAACUAAGUAAAUUUAAUCUAGUGCUUAAGUACACAUUUGAGGCUAUUGUGCUUUACUUGAAUAUUUCCAUUUUAUGCCACUUUAUACUUCUACUCCACUUCACCUCAGAGGAAAAUACACUUUUUACUCUGCUACAUUUAAAUGACAGUUUUGGUUACUUUUAUUUUUUCUACCUGUCCAGUAAAAAACAUGUAUCUCCAGAAGUGAAUGUGUGAGAUGAACUGAAUGAUGAAGAGUUCCUCUUUUGAGCUGAAUAAACUCUUUAAAACCCCUCUUGGAUGAGCUGGAAAAUACAUCGUCACAAUGCUGAAAACAAGCUGUUUUCUCAUUAAAAAGUUUAAUUUUUAGAGAUACGUGGUUAUCACUGGACAGCUACGCUCCGAACAUAUAAGGAUCUUAAACAGCUACACCAGGAAAAUGCAACAUAUACAAUAAUUCAGCUGUUAAAUAAUCCAAAAACAUCAUAAAUAACAAUAAAACACUGACAGGGAAAAUUUUACUGCACACUUCUUUCAUAUAAGUACUUUUCACUGAUAAUGCUUCCAGACUUUUUCAUUAAGGUUUUGAAUUCAGGACUUUUACUUCAGUAAAUGUUCUGAAUACUUCCACCACUGGUUAUGACUGUGCAAAGG